CAAACACGCGCUGCCCAUUCAACACGCCAGCUCGCACGACCGCGACGAGCCCACGACUCGCAAGUCGCACCCUCCCCGACCCCGAUCGGCGCGAAGCCACCCACUUCCAGCCCUCGCCGUCGCCGCGCCGCCGCCGCCGCCGCCAUGGCCCCGAGGCCGGCCAUGUCCCACUCCUCCGCCUUCCUGCUGCCCUCGCCGUCCGCGGCGGCGGCGGGCGCCGACGCCGACGGCGCCGCCUACGCGCUCCUCGUCCUCAACCAGCGCCUGCCCCGCUUCGCGCCCCGCCUCUGGGACCGCGCGCAGGUGCGGGUGUGCGCGGACGGCGGCGCCAACCGGGUGUUCGACGGCAUGCCGGAGCUGUUUCCUGGACAGGACCCCGACGAGGUUCGCCGCAGAUACAAACCAGAUGUAAUCAAAGGAGAUCUGGACUCAGUUCGACCAGAAGUGAAGGAAUAUUAUUCCAAUAUGGGUACUCAAAUAGUCGAUGAGUCACAUGAUCAGGACACCACCGAUUUACACAAAUGUGUAGCUUUUAUCACUGAGAAUUCGGCCAUCCCCAACAAAUCUAAUCUGUGUAUCUUUGCUCUUGGGGCCCUUGGGGGAAGGUUUGACCACGAGAUGGGAAACAUCAACGUACUUCAUCUCUUCCCAAACAACAGGAUCAUACUCCUAUCGGAUGAUUGCUUGAUCUUUCUGCUGCCAAGAACACACACUCAUAACAUCCAUAUUGAACGGUCUAUUGAGGGGCCCCACUGUGGAUUGAUUCCCAUCGGCGCGCCUUCGGCCACCACCACAACCACUGGGCUUCAAUGGAAUUUAGAUAAUACCAGCAUGAGCUUUGGUGGACUUAUUAGCACAUCAAACAUUGUGAGAGAGGAGAGUACUGUUGUUACGAUCACUUCAGAUUCUGACCUGAUUUGGACAAUAUCGCUCCGGCACCACUCUUGAAAUACGUAACACAAUUGUAUCAUAGUUCCAAUUUUGUCUCAUCUAUUUUACGUCGUUGAGUUCUACCCUUAGUAGAAGAGUGAAAACAUACAUGGCAUCUGAUGUGGCUAAACCUGGUGAAAUGUUAAUAUGUAACUUAGAGGACUUGGCACGUCUCUAAAUAUAUACCUUGCACUGUAAUUGCACAAUUUUUUUUUUUUGUAAACAUGUCACCAAAUUACCUGUAAUGUAAAGAACCAGUUGUAUUUGUUAAGCAAACUCCAUAUUUUCGCUUA